AUGGAUGUGAGGGUAGCCCACUGCCUGCUCCUUUGGGCUGUGCACUUCUUCCCAGCCACGCCGCUCGCUGCUCUCAGGGUUCUCGGUAAGGAAUCAAAGACUGGUAAUCAGCAAGAUGGCUGUAUAAGUCUCAUUCCCUGCAAAGAUAAUGGAGCUAUUUGUAUUCAGCCUUGUUCUCCCUCCUUCCACGGGGAGACAAGCUUUGUCUGUGAAGACAGAAAGUGGCAAAUGUUCACAGACGCCUGUGCAAGCCUGGAUGUUCAGUCCCUUUUUCAGAGGAUUUCUGAACGUGAAACGUUCCUUCCAAGCUCUGGAGGACAUGUUAGUGUUGCUGGAGGACACCUUCCUUUUGUAGGGGAAGGAAAGCCAGUGCAUGGGAAGCCUGGUGAUGGAGCAAAAUAUUUUGGUGCUGAUGACCAUGGGAAUAGUAACUGCCAAGCUGAUUUUUCAUGCAUCAUCCCAGAUAUCCUGUCUUCACCAGCCAUUCCAGGAAACAUUGCUGAUAUAGUGGAAUUGCUAAAGAAGAUUACCCUGCUGUUAUCAGAGAAUGUCAAUAGAGGAAAAAUGCAGAGUUACAGCAGGAUAGCAAAUCAUAUUCUGAACAGCUCCAUCAUUUCCAAUUGGGCUUUUGUAAGGGACAGAAAUGCCGUUUCGAUAUUACUGGACUCGGUGAAUUUAUUUGCUGGGAAACUUCUGCUAAGGAAUGGGUCGGAAAGUAUACAGGAACAUUUCAUCUCUACAAAAGGCUACAGCAUACAUAAAAACACUUCAGGGAAGAGCUUUGAUUUUUCUAUGGAGUUCAGUAACACCGGGAAUAUCACUGGGCAUGUGGUCAUUCCAGAAGAAGAGCUUUUGAAGUUACCUGAGACUUCUAAAGCCAUUAGCAUUGCAUUUCCAACGCUCGGAGCCAUUAUAGAAACCAGCCGGUUGGACCCUGGUUUUGUGAAUGGAAUGGUGUUAUCGGUGUCUCUUCCAGAAGAGCUCCGGCGUAUUUUGCUCACCUUUGAAAAGGUGAAUAAACUGGAGAGCGUCAAGGCUCAGUGUGUUGGGUGGCACUCCACUGAAAGGAGAUGGGAUAACAGGGCAUGCACAAUGAAGUCGGACAACAUCAGCAGUGUUGUUUGCAUCUGCAGGCAUCACCAUCGGACAUUCAAAUCCUUCUCCAUUUUGAUGUCCCCCGCCAUGCUGCGAAAUGUAGUGCUGGAUUACAUUACACGUGUAGGGAUAGGCCUUUCCAUUUUCAGCUUGGUUCUCUGCCUUAUCAUCGAGUCUGUUGUCUGGCAUCAUGUUACAAAAACUGAAAUAACCUACAUGCGCCAUUUUUGUUUGGUCAACAUUGCUACAUCGCUUCUCUUUGCUGAUGUUUUGUUCAUCUUGGCGGCUAUUGUGCACAAUACAGCCCUAAACUACCAGUUGUGUGUAGCAGCCACUUUUUUCCUUCACUUUUUCUAUCUUGCCUUGUUUUUUUGGAUGUUUACUCUGGGCCUCUUGAUUCUCUAUGGAUUAUUAUUAAUUUUUUUUAAGAUAACAAGAUGUGUAUUCAUAGCUACAGCAUUCUCUAUUGGAUAUGGAUGUCCCUUGGUCAUAUCUAUCCUCACUGUUGCUAUUACUGAACCAAAAAAUGGCUAUUUAAGGAGUGGAGCCUGCUGGCUCAACUGGUAUGAGACGAAAGCCCUUUUGGCCUUUGUCGUACCUGCUCUGAGCAUCAUUGUUGUGAAUGUGGCGGUGGUGGCAGUGGUUGUGGUGAAGACUGGGAGAUCCUCCGUUGGAGAAGGUUGCAAGUCAGAAGAUUUGAGCAACAUGAUCCGAAUUAGCAAAAAUGUGGCCCUUCUGACACCUCUUCUGGGUCUCACCUGGGGGUUUGGAUUAGCAACGAUUGUUGACAGUCGCUCUCUGGCAUUCCAUGUUACAUUUGCACUACUGAACGCCUUCCAGGGGUUCUUCAUCCUGUUGUUUGGGACACUUCUGGACAGAAAGACGAGAGAAACCUUAAAGAUGAACUGCCUUUCAUCAAAGCGGAAGUGUAGUCUGGCAAAGUCCUAGCAGUGGACAGUUGUCUUC